GGGGUGUGUGGGGAUAUAGGACUAUUGACCCCGGAAGUGACGUAUCACCAACAGCGACCCGGAAACAGUAACUUCAGCUCCAGACACUGACACUGAGAGCGAAACACCGGGUUCCUCGGUCGGGAACGAUUGCCGGACGUCCACUCGCUCGGGCCAUUGCAGCAGCCGUUGCCCCACUGCUCGCCUGCUUCCCGCGGAGCGAGGCCCUGCCAGAACAUGGACACUCGCUUCACUCGGGGUAAGUCGGUGAUACUGGAGCGAGCUAUCACUCGACCCAAGACGGAGGUCGGCCUGAGUGCCUUCACCCUGCUCUUCUCUGAGAUCGUGCAGUACUGCCAGAACCGGGUCUACUCUGUCUCCGAGCUGCAGAACAAGCUGUCAGAGCUGGGCCAGCAGGUGGGCGCCCGCAUCCUGGAUGUGCUGGUGAUGCGGGAGAAAAACGGCAAGCGGGAGACCAAGGUCAUCAACGUCCUUCUCUUCAUCAAGGUCAGCGUGUGGAAGGCGCUGUUCGGCAAAGAGGCAGACAAGUUGGAGCAGGCCAACGAUGACGACAAGACCUACUACAUCAUCGAGAAGGAGCCCCUCAUCAACACCUACAUAUCGGUGCCUAAGGAAAACAGCACGCUGAACUGUGCCUCCUUCACUGCCGGCAUUGUGGAGGCCAUCCUCACCUACAGUGGCUUCCCUGCCAAGGUCACCGCCCACUGGCACAAGGGAACCACCCUCAUGAUCAAGUUUGACGAGUCUGUGAUCGCCAGGGACAAAACCUUGGAUGGGCGUUAGCGUGGGGGUGGGGGGAUUUGGGUUUUGGUGGAGGGGGCAUUAGCAGUGCAUGUCGAUUCUUUUUUAAUGCACCUUUCCCUCCUUCCGUCCCUCCCCGAGUCUUGGAAGAAUAAGCUGGUGACAUCCUUUUUAAAGUGGAAACAAGGUUUUACUUUGGAUUGCUGUAUUCUAGUGAGCAAACCUCAACCAACACACUGUUUGUUUCCAUAUCGUUUAAUUUGCUUUGUCCCCUGUCCAGUUCUUUGUUCCCCCCGCAGGUACUGCUUCCAAACUUUGCUGGAGCUCUCUGCAAUAUUAGCCCCCACCACUCCAACACACCACUCCCUUAAUUCCACCCCCAAUUCUUGAACUGAAGCAUUCCUGUCAGUUUCUGGCAUUCGUUAGCAUUUGUGUAAAUUAGUGACAGUUGGUCAUUUUUCUUGUGGUGUAGAAAAUUUGCCCCGUUGCCCGGAAUCUUGUUGACUAUUCCCGUGACCGUAUUUCAUGUCAGUUCUGAGGGUAUGGGGUGGGAGGGGUGAGGGGAUGGAGGCAAUUCUUGCAUUGGUGCAAGUCAGUCUCGUUCUGGCCUGAGACGCAGAGCUGCACUGGUGCUUACUCUCUGCUCAAGAAGCUUCUCAACAGUAAAACAACGUACAGAUGAAGCUUUAUUCCUGAAUUGUUAUUGUGACUGGCCAAAUAAAUAGCUCGUCACCAACCCGUUAAGGUUUUUUUUCUGUGCAUUAAUUUAUCUCUUAAAACGAGAUGGGGGUGGAGAUUGGGCCAUGUUAACAGGGGGCCAGUAUGUCUUGUGUCAGUCACGGGGCAAUUUAUGGGGACCUUAUCUUGGGUGUGAAAUGCCGAGACCCUGCUCUAUAGAAGGGCAUUAUAUAAAGGCGAGUUGUACUUUUGGUCAUCACCAUCUUAAGAGACUGACAGACUUACGAAGCUGAGGUUUCCAUUUAUGUAUCACCCCUACACGUGGAAAUUCACCUGCAUUGGCAUGGAAGGCCCACAGAGCAGGUAUGUGUUGGAGGUAAUGUCUGGAGUUCAACCAGUUAUAAACUACUGCUUGCUGUUGUAAGUGCUGUCUGGAGAGUUUCCCACUCCUUGUCCAGCUUGGGGUUUGGCCUGCAGAGUUAACGGGAUGUCUUCCCCCAAUAACCGUUCUGUGGAGGGGGGGGUGUGGGGUAGUGGCAGGGGGUGCUGGAGCAGGGAGUGGGGGAACGGGCCAGGGAGAAAGAGUCUCUGGGUAGCAGCGAGGAACGGAGAUCCUGAUUUUUAAAAACAUUUAUUUGCACUAAUCUGUGAGCUCAGCCCUCGUGCUCAGCUCCCACCUCAGCCUCCAAGCAGGAACUGCCUCAGUCCAAAACAUUUGUUGGGAGGAUUUGCCUCAGUGGUGAUUGGGAAUUGAGUGUUAGCAAGUGAUGGAGCAUUGAUAACUAUUUUUGGGGUUCAAGUCAGGAUUUUUUUUGAUCGCUCUGUGAUUAGUCUUGCUGACCAUGACUGGAGCGAUGGAAUGUUGCUCAGUGACUAUUUCUCCUCUUUGACUCAGCUUUUGACAUCAGCUGAGCUAUUUGAGAUGCCCUUUGCAAAUGGUCAGUACUGUUGUGUAUUUAUUAGAGCAUUGAUAGAUCAGAAAGGUUAAGAGUUCCCCAACUAAAAUAAGCACCCAGUAAACUAGCACCGAGGUGGGAAGGCUGGGACCAACCAUCCCCAAGGUGUUUUGCACCCUUGGCACAGUUUCUUUGAUCAAGAUCUCACUCAACUCCAUUGGACUAUGCGAUCAGUUGAUGCUCAGAUUAACUCAUUAGUAACUAAACAAAGGGAACGUUCUGGUAAUGUCAACUCUCACUGAGGAAUAGCGUGGAAACCAUUCGGUUUGUAACAUGCGAGACUCCCCCCAGGUUCAAUUGAAUAAAACACAAGGUUCCCUUCAA